AUGGCAACAACAACAACACCCCACACAACCACCGCCCUGGUCAUUCCCGAACUCAACGGCCAGUUCGAGCUUCAAGAAGUCCAGCUCAACGACAUCCAACCAGAAGAAGUCCUUGUCGAGAUUGAGGCCACCGGAAUCUGCCACACCGAUCUCUCGUGCGCCAUUGGCUUGUUGCCAUGCAGACCUGGCGCGGUAUUGGGCCAUGAAGGCGCCGGCAAAGUCCUCUCAGUCGGCUCAUCCGUCACCAACGUAUCGCCAGGCGACUCGGUCCUCCUCUCCUUUUCCCACUGCGAGUCGUGCCCCCCUUGCCAAUCCGGCCACCCAGCCUACUGCCACUCCUUCAACGUGCGCAACUUUUCCGGAUGCCGCCCUUUGCCGACGCUUCCCGACGGUUCCGUCGACGUCUCCCAACUCAACGGCGUCGAUCCCGCUGAAGACCCCGCGAGGACAACGUUCGUAACCAAAGACGGCGGCAAACCAAUCUUUUCGCAAUUCUUCGGCCAGUCCUCCUUUGCCCGCCACACUUUGGUCAACAAAAGUUCGUGCGUGAAGGUCCCAAAGGGGACGGAUUUGGCUUUGUUCGCCCCAAUGGGCUGCGGCAUGCAAACCGGCGCCGGCGCCGUUCUCAACUCUUUGUCCGUGAAGCCCGGUAGCAGCAUCGCCAUCUUCGGCGUCGGCUCCGUGGGCAUGGCGGCCGUCAUGGCUGCCGCGCACAUUGCUAAAGCCAAGACGAUCAUCGCUAUUGACUUGCAGGAAUCUCGUCUGGAACUGGCAAAGAAGUUGGGUGCUACGCAUGGGGUUUUGGGGAAUGUGGAUGAUUUGAAAGGAGAGAUUAGGAGGAUCUGCCCGCCAGUGGGAGUGGAUUAUGCUGUUGAUUGCACGGGAAGUGUGGCGGUUAUUCAGACGAUGAUUGAUGUGCUGGGAACGAAAGGGCGGGCGGCCACCGUGGGGGCGCCGGGGUUUGGGAAGAGCGUGGCGGUGGAUGUUAUGGAGCAUUUGACGUAUGGGAAGGAGUAUGUGGGGAGUUGUGAGGGGGAUAGUUGUCCUAAGGAGUUCGUCCCCUUCCUCAUCGAGCAACACGCCAAGGGCAACUUCCCCAUGGAUCAGUUCGUCACUUUCUACGAUGUCAAGGAUUACAAGCAGGCUUUGGAGGAUUCACACAAAGGAAAGGCUAUCAAGGCUGUGCUGAAGUGGUAA